AUGGAUGGAUCAAGGACUGCAGAAGAGCUGGAGGAAGAAAAGCAGGAGCUGCUACGACGCAUCGAUGCAGCGGAGCGACGCGCCGAUGCAGCGGAGCGACGACGCGCCGAUGAGGAACAACGGGCCGCCGCAUGGGAGGAAGAAGAACAGGAGCUGCUACGACGCAUCGAUGAGGUGCGACGAGAGACCGAUGAGCUGCGACAACAGACCGAUGAGGUGCGACGACAGACCCAGCCUACGACACUCGACGAAUAUAUCGCUGCCUGCCACUCCCUUCUUUUUUCCAAACUCACCGUUGGACCGAGGCCGAAAUUGACCUCAAAGGGUCCUAUCACGAACCCGCAAAACAAGUGGUGUCCCACAAAUCUUCGACCAUGGUCCAACUUUCUUCAACAACAGAGGAUCGCAUUCGGCACCCUCUACAACGCCUUCCCUACCAAUCGUCGCGUUUUUGACAGCCAAUCCCUCCUUUCCCAGUUGGGGCAGAAGAUGUCGAAGCGGGUGAUCAGAGACGAGGGGCGGCUCAGCUACUUCAUGAACGACAACGUCAUGGAUUCGGUCAAAAGCAUCAUUGCCGAGCUUAAAGAGGUGGAGGAGGCGAGAAUGGCAUUUGAUCUAGGAAACGGCAUCCUUCUCAACCCGGGAUGCGUCUACCGAUCCGACAACGCGGUCGCCUCUGACCGCGCCGCACCUUCGUGUCGGUCUAUGCCCAAUGAAUAUCUACAAGGACGUGGUCAACCGGAAGACGAUUCCAUCGUCCGUGGACCCAGACGGGCGUUUCCAGUAUCAUGCGGAGAGGCUGACUGCGCUGGCCAUUACGGAGAUCUACCAGUACAUGAUCAGGGCGGACUCGAGUAUGGGGUGUUGACCACGGGCGAGGCGAUAGCGUUCCUGAAGGUUGACUGGCGCGAGCCUGAGACGCUUUUCUAUCACCUAGCCGAGCCGGAUGCGGAAGUGGCGGCCCACCCUAACCAUUUUCGCUUAUGCACGGCGGUCGGUCAGUACCUGGCCUUUAGUCUCAUGGCUCUUGGUCCGGCGGGUGGACAACGGUUGCCUGGGCAAGAAGAGCGGCGCCAAGCGACUGAGAAUUUGAAGACGUGGAACGAAGAUUUCGAGACGACGCUACGGUCGAUCCCAGAGGACGAACGAAAUGCGCCGAAGAGCUCACCCGUCAGCGAAUACUGGCACAACAGGCCCGAGAACAAGGAGGAGAGAGAGGAGCAAGCAACGACAAGGAGCAAGGAAGGCCAUAUUCCCAACAAUCACCACGGCCACGACACUGGCCCGGGCCGCGCCCUUGCCCGUCAUCCGAUCGAUCACGCCGAAUUCCUCGAGCUUCUCCGGCAGCAGCUAGAACGGACAUUAGACGACGGGAUCACGCCGUUGGGGCCGAGUGGUGCGUGCGGCGUCCUGUUCAGAGUGACCUUGCUUGCGUAUUGCUAUACCUUCGUCAGCAAGGGCACGUUUCGGGCAUUUGUUAAAGACCUUGAGCAUGAGGCCGCCGUUUACCGACGUCUGCAGCCCAUCCAAGGUAGACAUGUGCCCGUCUUCCUCGGGGCCAUCGACCUCCGAUCGAUGAACAAGAUUUAUUACUAUGGCUACCGAGCCUACGUAAUACACAUGACCUUCCUGUCGUGGGGAGGAAAUUACAUUGAUCUGGCUAUUGCUGAUGGCGCGGAGGGUGAACUGGAAGGGGCGGCGGUACGGUCGUUGCGCGCAAUACAUCAGCUGGGAGUACGCCACAAGGAUAUACGAAGGCCAAACAUGCUGUUCAAUGCGGAGAUCAAUGGGGUCCUGAUCAUUGACUUUGAGAGGUCCUUGCUGCUGAGCCAACGCAUGUUGAGGUGGCUCCAGGCGGUGCCAAACAAGCGAAAACGGGAGGUGGAGAAAUCGGACCAUCGAGGUCGAGCUAUCGCGAAGUUCUCGGAUGAGAUUUGGAUGUUGAGAGGACUAUUCAGGAAUCCAUAG